AGGAGGAGGAGAGCAGGGAGAGAUGACUGACACCCCGCCCAGCGAUGGCCCCUCCCAGGGGGCGGAGUUUGACAUGAUGGGCGCUCUGGACUGGCAGGACGGCAUCGCCACACUGCCCGGCAGCGACAUCAAGGUACGGUGUGUGUGUGUGAGUGAGUGAGUGAGUGUGUGUGUGGAUACUACAGACAGGUGUGUGACUAACUGGUGUCUCUCAGUUCCGUAUGACAGAGUUUGGAACUUUGGAGAUCGUGACAGAGCCAGAGGUCAAAGAGGCAGGGCUAGCCCCCCAGAACCCCGCCCAGUCGCAAAGGCCCACCCCUCCACCAGAGGCCCAAUCAGAGAGCAGCGCAGCCUCCUCUGCAGCCAAGGAAGUCCAGCCACCUGCACCUAAGGGUAAUGUAAACAUACGGUUACAUAGGGGUUAUAACAUAGUUAUGACUGUUUAUAAUACAGGUGUGUAGUAUUUAUAUCAGAGCUAUGAGUCUAUGUCAGCACUGUGUAUAUUACAUACUACAUACUGGGUGCUCUGCAGAUGGGGCCAUAGAAUCCAUUACAUUUCCCACAUUCAACGUUGAAUUCUACAAAGCUUCAAUAUUACUCUUCUCUUUCCCCCAGCUCAAGGCCCUGUGCUUCUGUCUCUAGAGGAGGGUCCCACUGUGGAGGAGCCCAGUGUGGAGGUGGGCCCCAGUGUCGAGGUAGGUCCCAGUGCGGAGGUGGGCUCCAGUGCAGAGGUGGUCCCCAGGGUUGCGAUGGCUAGCUGUAGGUCGUGUGGGGGUUCCGGACCACUGGAGAGUUUCCUCCAGGGCAAAUACUGCAGCUCCAUCUGUGUCCAGACCUCCAGUGGCAGGUAAAGACUCCCACUCUAAGAUGUUAGCUAUUCUUACUGUACUGUAUUUUAGAAAGCAUAUUGAUAGUAGUAACAGUUAAGACCGAAACAGUCAUCACAUGAGCAUAGUUCACAGAAUGACCUCUGUUCUGUGUGUGUUUAGGUCAUCUCCCGGGGAGCAGAGGGAGAGAGAGGGGGUGGAGGGGGGACUGGGGAAAAGAGUGAGGAAAAAGAGGAAGAUCUACAUGGACUCUGGUGAUGAAGAGGAAGACAACCAGGAGGAGGAAGAGGUGAUGAUAGAAAUGUCACCAACGCUGGUCCUGGAAAGCAGAGUAAUGUUGUGUGUGUGUGGCAGCUCUCCUGCUGAUGUGUCACUGUCUCGCUCUCUACAGGACAAGGUCAAGGUUGUCAAAGGGAGGAGAGCUGCUAAGCUGGCCAAGCUAGGUAUGUACUAUUAUUACAUGAGGGGAGGGAGAGAAUGGAUAGAUGAGAGGAUGGAUGGAUGGAUGAGAGGAUGGAUAAGAUGAGAGGAUGGAUAGAUGGAUAGAUAAGAGGAUGGAUAGAUAAGAGGAUGGAUAGAUGAGAGGAUGGAUAGAUGAGAGGAUGGAGGGAUGGAUAGAUGGAGGGAUGAUAGAUGAGAGGAUGGAGGGAUGAGAGGAUGGAUAGAUAAGAGGAUGGAGGGAUGGAUAGAUAGAUGGGAGGGAUGCUAGAUGAGAGGAUGAUAGAUGAGAGGAUGGAUAGAUGAGAGCAUGGAUAGAUGAGAGGAUGGAUAAGAUGAGAGGAUGGAUAGAUGAGAGGAUGGAUUUGUUGUUCAUGACAAGGGCUAGAAAGUUUGUCCAAUCAGGUAGACCAGGGGUCAUGAGUGCUGCAAUCCUGCUGGUUUUCAUGUCACUGAUUGGUGACUGUUUCGUUGUCCCACCCCCAGUGACAGCCCCACCCAAUAAGAAGCGACCCUGGAGCUGGCCCUCCUACCUGGAGGAGGAGAAGGCUAUAGCUGCCCCCCUUAAACUGUUCAAGGAGGUGUGGCACAUACACUUUAUCAUGCGCUCUCACUCUGACACACACCACAAACAGUUGUACAGACGUGUCAAAGAGUGUUAUCUGUGUGUCCUGCAGCACCAGUCGUUCCCUCAGAGCAGGAAUGCCUUCAAAGUGGGGAUGAAGUUAGAAGGACUGGACCCCUGUCACCCCUCUCUGUUCUGUGUGCUCAGUGUUGCUGAGGUAUGUGUCUGUUUAACAGGUCAGACCAAUAAAAUAUAGGGGGAAAUCUGUUUUCUAACAACUAACCCUUUGCUUUCCCUCGUUUCUUUGCGUUCCUUCCUCUCUCUCUCUCUGUCUCAGGUCCAGGGUUAUAGGAUAAGACUUCAUUUCGACGGCUAUCCAGAAUGCUAUGACUUCUGGGUAAAUGCUGACACCUGGGAUGUAAAGCCCCCGGGCUGGUGUGAGAAGAUGGGCCACAAGCUGCUGCUGCCCAAAGGUCCACACACACACAUACACACACACACACCCGACACACAUACACACACACACACCCCACACACACCUCACACAUAAAUAACACAACAACACACACACCAGACACACAUAACCACACACCACCAUACACACCCAGACACAAUACACACACUCAACACACAACACAACCACAACACACACAACACACCACAAAACACCACACAACACAACCCACCACACAUACAACACACAACACCCAACACACAACCUCACACACCAACACACACACACCCACACACAUACACACACCCACACACUACACACACACACCACCCACACACACCUCACACACCACCAACACAACCACACACCACACACCACACUACCACCCACACCCACACACACCCCCACGACCACCACACCCUACAACCCACACACCACACACCACACACCCACCACCCACACAUACCACACCCACACACCCCACCACACACCCACACACACACUACCACACACCACACCCACAUACCACCACCCACACCCACACCACCACCCCAACACACAUACACACCACACCCCCCGACCACCCACCACACCACUGCAUAUUCUACCGACUGCACAAUUGCUGCUGGACAAAACUUUAACCUUCAACCUUUUGUGUCUAGGUUGUAAGGAUGGGGAGUUCAACUGGAACAUGUAUGUGAAGAACUGCAGAGGUCAGCUGGCCCCCAAACACCUCUUCAAGAGCCUCAACACGGUGAGCCUACCUCACAGCCUGUGUGGAUCCAUUAACAGUGUGUUUGUGUUGGUGACCUUAGGUCUGUUCAAGUAAGUUUGUACAUGAACUAUGUGGGUGCUUGUGGGUGUAGUCGGUGACUCCGUCAGGGUUCCGUGCGGGUAUGAAGCUGGAGGCGGUGGAUAAGAAGAAUCCGUAUCUGAUCUGCGUAGCGUCCAUCGCGGCUGCUGUUGACAACAGACUCCUCAUACACUUUGACAACUGGGACGACACCUAUGACUACUGGUGUGAUGCCAGCAGUCCCUACAUCCACCCUGUAGGCUACUGUGAGGAGGCUGAGCUAACCCUCACCACCCCUGCUGGUGAGACACACACAAAACAUAUUUCAACGCUUUAUUUGGAUACACCAUAAAACAUUGUAUAAGGGUGUGUUGUGGUUUCCCCUCUCAGAGUAUAAGCACCCAAAGAGUUUUUCCUGGGAUAAAUACAUGGAGGAGACUGGGACACAGGCAGUCCCUGCACGUGCCUUCAAACUGGUAAGACACACAAACACACAUUCUCAAACACACGUACAGUUGACACUCAAACCUGUGACACAUGCAAAUUACAUUGUUGGUGUUGAUUGGGAUGCCUGGGGGAUUUUCACAUGGAGUUCCCCUGGGCUCUGUGCUGGGUCGUCUGACGUUCUUUAUUUAUAUCAGCUACAAAUAUGCAAAUGAAUCCAUCUGUAUCAAUCAUGAUGUUAACUCUUGAAUGUGUCCUGUAGCGUCCCUGCCAUGGGUUCCAGGCUGGAAUGAAGCUGGAAGCCGUCGAUAAGAGGAACCCCAUGCUCAUCCGUGUAACAACCAUCGCCGAGGUGGAGGACCACCGACUGAGGGUACGCUGUGUGUGAGAGUGCAGUAUGAUUAUUGUGGAGUAGUGUGUGUGUAACCCUGUCUGUCUUUCUCAGAUCCAUUUUGAUGGCUGGAGUGAGGAGUAUGACUACUGGGUGGACGCUGACUGCCCAGACCUGCACCCUGUGGGCUGGUGUCAGAAGACUAGUCAUCCCCUACAACACCCCCCCAAUGGUGAGACACACACACACUUCCAAAAAAUCGACAUGGUCAUGACUUUGCUAAAACCCACAAAUAUUUUCCAACCAGUCCCAAAGUGUAAGGUUUGCAAGAAGUGGCAUGCAGAAAAAAAUGUGUAGUUAAAAUGAUGCUGGUUCUACACAGCUGCUGUAGCUAGCUGUCGGUUUAUGGGGACAUAAACACUAUUUAGUGUAUGUCUGUGUGUGUGGUCAGGUCACUCUCUCUGAUGUUUCUGUCUCUGUGUGUAUGUGGUGUGUGUGUGGUGUGUAGUACUAGCUAAUAGUAGUAACUCUGCGGUGUGUUUCAGGCUCUACUGAUAUGCUGGUCCUCCCAGGGCAGGGCUGUCCUACCCCAGGAUGCAAUGGGGUUGGCCACAUCCGAGGACCCCGCUACGGAACCCACUACACGUCAGUAACACACACACACACACACACAAACUGUCAAAAUAGUUUUGUUAUCAAAACACGUCAUACAAUGACUUGUGAUCUGUGAGCAAGGUGAUGUGUGUUCCUGUUCUGAACUAGUAGUGUUUGUGUGUGUGUGUGUGUGUAGAGGGGUGAGCUGUCCGUACUCUGAGAUGAACCUGAACAGGGAGGGCCAGGUACCAGACCGUCUGAGUGGAGAACGACCUAUGACCCUGAGUGGGCCUCAUCACCGUGGGCGACGGCCAGACCCUCCUUCACACACCCAGACAAACACCCCCACCACGCCAGAGCAGCCCGAGCCUGCAGACCACUCCCCUCAGACCAGGUACGUGUGGAACAUGUAACAGAAGGGGUUUGGAGAGCUCUGCUUCAGUGCCUUCUUUUGUUAUCGUACUGCAAAUCAAGUCUGGAGUUGUGGAGUUGUUUCUAUGGCAACAGUUGUUUCUAUGGUAGUGUUACUAGGGGGGCCAACGGUUGUCGAGGGCGAACGAUCCGGGUGCAGCAGUCAGAGUGAGCCACCAGGGGGCUCAACCGAGCCCAGCCACGACGGAGCCAAGGCCAAGAGGUAAGGCACACACUCCUCUCUCCUACCAAACUCUGAAAUGCAUGUUGGAGCAGAGUGUUUUUUGUUGGUUUACUAAGAGAGUACAGUGCCUUCACAAAGUAUUCAUACCCCUUGACUUAUUCCACAUGUUGUUGUGUUACAGCCUGAAUUCAAAAUGGAUUAGAUUUUCUCACCCAUCUACCCACAACACCCCAUAAUGACAAAGUGAAAACAUGAUUUUAGAAAUGUUUGCUAAUUUAUUGAAAAUGAAUGCAGAAAUGUUGCAUUUACAUAAGUAUUCACACCCCUGAGUCAAUAUUUUGUAGAAGCACCUUUGGCAGCGAUUACAGUUUUUGAGUCUUUCUGGGUCUCUGAGAGAUUUCCACACCUGGAUUGUGCAACAUUUGGCCAUUAUUCUUUGCAAAAAUGUUUCAGGCUCUGUCAAAUUGGUUCUUGAUCAUUGCUAGACAACCAUUUUCAGGUCUUGCCAUAGAUUUUCAAGUAGAUUUAAGUCAAAACUGUAACUCGGCCACUCAGGAACAUUCACUGUCUUCUUGGUAAGCAACUUCAGUGUAGAUUUGGCCAUGUGUUUUAGGUUAUUGUCCUGCUGAAAGGUGAAUUUGUCUCCCAGUGUCUGGUGGAAAGCAGACUGAGCCAGGUUUUCCUCUAGGAUUUUUGCCUGUGCUUAGCUCCAUUACGUUUCUUUUUUAUCCUGAAAAAUUCCCCAGUCCUUAACGAUUACAAGCAUACCCAUAACAUGAUGCAGCCACCACUAUGCUUGAAAUAUGGAGAGUGGUACUCAGUAAUGUGUUGUAUUGGAUUUGCCCCAAACAUAACACUUUGUAUUCAGGACAUAAAGUGAAUUGCUUUGCCACAUUUUUUGCAGUACUACUUUAGUGACUUGUUGCAAACAGAAUGCAUGUUUUGGAUUAUUUUUGUAUUAUGUACAGGCUUCCUUCCUUCACUCUGUCAGUAAGGUUAGUAUUGUGGAGUAACUACAAUGUUGUUGAUCCAUCCUUCUCCUAUCACAGCCAUUAAACUCUGUAACUGUUUUAAGUCACCAUUGGCCUCAUGGUGAAAUCCCUAAGCGGUUUCCUUCCUCUCCGGCAACUGUGUUAGGAAGAACGCCUGUAUAUUUGUAGUUACUGGGUCUAUUGAUACACCAUCCAAAGUGUAAUUAAUAACUUCACCAUGCUCAAAGGGAUAUUCAAUGUCUGCUUUUUUUUUUUUUUUUACCCAUCCACCGGUAGGUGCUCUUCUUUGCGAGGCAUUGGAAAACCUCCCUGGAUUUGUGGUUGAAUCUGUGUGUGAAAUUCACUGCUCGACUGAGGGACCUUACAGAUAAUUGUAUGUGUGGGGUACAGAGAUGAGGUAGUCAUUCAAAAGUCAUGUUAAUCACAAUUAUUGCACACAGAUUGAGUCCAUCCAACUUAUUUUUGUGACUUGUUAAGCACAUUUUUACUCCUCAACUUAUUGACUCAAGACAUUUCAUACAUUUUAACAUAAUUCCACUUUGACAUUAUGGGGUAUUGUGUGUAGGCCAGUGACCAAAAAAAUCUCAUUUUAAUAAUUUUAAAUUCAGGCUGUAACACAACUAAAUGUGGAAAAAGUUGAGGGGUGUGAAUACUUUCUGAAGGCACUGUAUGUUGUAUUUCAGCAGGUCUGCUCCAGUCCCAAAGUAUCUGAAGCUGCACUUGGUCAAGCAGGAGAGUGGAGAUGGGAAAGGUAGAGGUUCUCCUCCCAGAAAUAGAGAAUGGGUGUAACGCUGUGUGGUUUAUAUAUUAUCUGUGCAUGUCUAUUGAAGAUAUGAACAGCUCAAUUCUCCUCCCUCUCCCCCAGACCCCCUGUCUCUCCAGCAGGCACUCCAUGAGUCAGUGUUCUCCCCAGGUGGCUCCUCCUCUCCCCCUCACAGGGUGGCUCUGUGCUGGGACAAACACUGCCAGCUGCUCCCUGAGGUCCUGGGCCUCACUGCUAAGAGAGUUGCAACCUGGACCGCUGACGAGGUCAGACACGCACACAUGAGGACAUAAGCAAUACAAACAUGUACAGGCACACUGUACGCAUACUAUACAAACUCACAUAUAAUAAUAAUAAUAUGCCAUUUAGCAGACGCUUUUAUCCAAAGCGACUUACAGUCAUGCGUGCAUACAUUUUUGUGUGUGGGUGGUCCCGGGGAUCGAACCCACUACCUUGGCGUUACAAGCGCCGUGCUCUACCAGCUGAGCUACAGAGGACCACAUAUUGUGCAAAACACAUACAUUACACAUACAGCCAAUACAAUAGCUUUGUGUAUCCUAUUGCGUUUUUAUUUAUUUAUGUGUGUGUGUGUGUGUGUUAAUGUUUGUUUCCCUGUUGGUCAGGUGGCCAGUUUUGUCAAAGGGCUCCCGGGCUGCAAAGAGCACGCUGCCACCUUCAGGACAGAGGUAAGAACUACCACUUCAAACUCCAACUGUGUGAAUCAGGAUAGUCACACACACUCCUCUCAUUUGCUGCUCCUGGUUGGUGUAUCCUAUGACAAUGCAACCAAGUGAAAUUAAAUUCUGCCAUUGACAUUCAAACACUCACACACACGUUCUGUGUUGGAGCUUAUUCUGUGUCUCUGUGUAUCGCUCCAGCAAAUAGACGGAGAGGCCUUCCUGCUUCUCACCCAAGCAGACAUAGUCAAGAUCCUGUCAAUCAAACUAGGCCCCGCCCUCAAGAUAUACAACGCCAUACUCAUGCUGAAGAACGCUGAUGAGGAGUGAGACGCACCCUCACGCUUCACUUCCUCCCAUACCCGACCGCUGUAUCUCAAUAGUCUAGAGAAGUUUCAUCUCCUUUCCUUGCCUCCUUACCUUAUCCCCUUUGAUCUUGUGGUCCUCUGUAGCUCAAUUGGUAGAGCAUGGCGCUUGUAACGCCAAGGUAGUGGGUUCGAUCCCCGGGACCACCCAUACGUAAAAAUGUAUGCACACAUGACUGUAAGUCGCUUUGGAUAAAAGCGUCUGCUAAAUGGCAUAUUAUUAUUAUUAUUAUUAUUAUUAUUAUCUUCAUCUGCACUGAUCAGAGCCGUAGGAUAGGUCAGAGCAACGUGAUGGAUGCCCACCAGGAAUCUGCUUUCACCUAUCCAGUUCUUGCACGUCAGUGUAGAGGAAUAGAGAGGAUACAGAGAGGAUGUACCUGCGGUGUCUGUGGGAAGAUCUCAUUUGCAUACUCCUCGCGUCCUCUCUCCUCGUCU